CACCAAACAUACCAGUCAUCGUUUACGAGUCUAUUGUCUCUCUCCCUUUGGAAAACUCGACUGCGUAUUCUGAAUCCAAUCAUGCACCACCGAAAGGCACAUCGAAAGAGUCGGAAUGGAUGCAAAAACUGUAAAGUGAAACGGAUAAAGUGCGAUGAAGUGCAUCCCCGAUGUGCCAACUGUACGAAAUACAGCUUCGACUGCGACUUUGAACCACGGAAGAACGAAAUCCAUGUGUUCCCCUUACCUCCAGUAAGGAUCGCUACACUGAGGCGUCACAAAAGCUCUGAUAGCUCGCGUACCUACGGCGAUUUGACACCAUCGCGAUGUGGCUCAGAGACAUUGAGCAAUGCCACUUCCACUUCUGGCCUCAUUCGAGCCGACUCAAUAAUGACCAUGAAUACACCCAGUGAUCGACUUCUUGAGCUCAGACUCAUGCACCACUUCACAACUACAAGAUCAGAGACUUAUUUUCGUUUUAUCGGAUCCCUAAAGUCUCGACAGCUUGACGAACAUGAUACAUGCUCUGUUUGGAUGAUUGACGUUGCGAUGUCUAAUCCAGGGGUUAUGGAUGCACUGCUCGGCUUUUCCGCCUUCAAUCUUCGACAUUUACUCCCAAGCGAUAGAGACCUCUGUCAUGCGUCACACAAAUACACGAUGCGAGCAAUCGAGGCUCAUACGCAACAACUUCAAAAAGGCAUCAGUGAACAAAAUGCUGGAAUUCUCUUUGCUGGAAGCAUAACGAUAGCAUUUAUCGCCGUCGACAGCCAUCAGUAUCUUGCGCCCGAGAACAACAACAUGCUUCCAUUACAUUGGUUUCAGAGAUGGGAAGGCUGUCGUGCUGUUGUAUCAGCUUCAUGGCAGCACCUUCACAACAAAGCAAUCGCCAGAAAACUUGUUGAAGUGGAGGAAGGGGCACGUCUCACGGCCCAAUGUCUUGCCGAUACGUCCUAUACUAAGUUCGACUUCCUACUCGAGGACCUAGAUAGAGAUGGGAUUACACUAGAAACGCUGUCUGCAUAUGAGAAUAAUGUCAAGUGGCUCUCCAUCCUUCACGACAACCCGGGUGUUGAUUAUAUCUUUAAGUUCACCACUAGAGUGGGACCACGCUUCGUGGAGAUGCUCGAACAAGGUGAUCCUAGGACCUUAACAAUCGUCGGCUACUUCUUUGUGCUGCUGAAAAUCAGGAAACCCGUGUGGUGGCUUCCUCAGCCGAAAAGGAAAGAAUUCCUAAUUUUGAUGGAUCUCUUGCCUAAUGAGUGGAAGCCAAGAAUGAAAUGGGCUGUUAAAGUGUUCGAAGGAUGCGAGGAAUGAACUGGUGAGGUAUAUGGAGUUGAUCAUAGCGC